AUGGCGCACACGCUCGGCCUCGCAAAAAAUGCGGCUGGGCAGGUUGAGGGCUUCGAGAUUUUCAUCAAGUUCUUGCCUCCUUCGGCCAGCGCUGCGUCUUUGAAGGAGUUUUUCGGCGAGGCUGGCGAUAUAGUGGGCGAGCCUCGGAUAAUGCUCGACAGCAAGACUGGCAACUGCAAGGGCAUUGCCUGGAUAACCUUCGCGAGCAAGGACGCCUUUCAGACCGCCAUAAGUUGGACCGGCUCCAGCUUUCAGGGCCGCAAAUUGGAGAUCAAGGCCGGCAAGCAGUUCCACACGGGCAUCCGGCCGUCAGUGCAAGCUCCUGGAACGCACACCCCGGCACUUUGUGCGGAAGUGGUGAAGAAGCUGGUGGCACCAAAUCCAGGCGGUGUCUACGUGGACGGCACGUUUGGUCGUGGCGGUCACACACGCGCGAUGUUGGCGGCAAUGUCGCCAUCGGGCUCCCUCCACGCGUUCGACAUGGAUCCGGAGGCCAUCGUCGCAGGCAAGGAACUGAUGAAGGCUGAUUCACGCUUUACCAUCCACCACGCGCCCUUCAGCUCCAUGAAGGCCGUGUUGAAGCCCCUCGGGGUUCGUGUUUCUGCUGUUCUUUUUGACCUUGGAAUUUCUUCCCCACAGUUUGAUGACGCUGGCCGUGGAUUUCGGCCCGAGGCAGACGGCCCUUUGGAUUUGCGGUUUGACCAGACCAAGGGCGUCACUGCGUGGGACUUUCUCAUGUCCGCUUCGCGCGAGGAGAUCAUUCGGGUCAUCUCGGAGUACGGUGAAACAUCGGACGCAACAGCUUCGCAGCGAAUCGCGGACGUUAUUUGCCUGGCACGUUCCAAGGGUGCCUUGCCGAAGCGGACCCGAGAGUUUGCAACACUCGUGGCGCAGGGCAAGGGACCGGAAUAUCAAGCCAUGCACCCAGCGAAGCUCACUUUUCAGGCGCUGCGCAUCCAUUUGAACAGCGAGUUUGACGAGAUGCGCAAGGCUUGGGCACCUUGGUUCGGUCUGCUCGGCGAGGGCGGCCGCAUCGGCCUCAUCUCUUGGAAGCACUCCGAGUGUGCAAUCAUCAUGGACAUUUUUCGGUCGCUCGAGGCUGUCAGAGACAAGGAGCCCCUCCUGAAAUGGUACCGCACUUUGCCAGAUGCAGAACAACUGCCGGAAAGGUGGUCCAUGGAAAUGGAUGAGGUUACGCGACCUUCCGAAAAAGAGCUGCAGACAAACUCCAGAUCUCGCUCCGCUUUGCUGCACGUUUUGCGGAAGCGGCGCAUGCCGCGGUUGGCCGAUCUGGAGAGCUUGGCAUAUGCCUUGCCUGCAUGGUGCAGUGUGACAGAGCCUGCGGUGAGCUCCACCCCUGCGAGAAAGCGAAAGCGAAACGAGACAGAGGCUACCAGUGUUGCCGCCCCUGCCGGGACGCCAGAGCUGACCAGCUCUGAAUUGAGCCGCCCCAGCCGCUGCGAGGAGGAAGGACACAGGCUCAGUGACAGCACCAACUUGGAAGGGUGCAAUCAUUGUGGCAAGGUGGGCCACACCACGAAGCGCUGCACCUUUGGUGCGAAGUCCUCGGAGCGCUUCCUGCCCUGUGAGGGCACGAGGCCGAAGGCACCUUGUUUUUGGCGCCGCUUUCUGCUGCCCCUGCAGAGGGCAAAUGCACAAACGUUCACAGCUGACGAUCCCCGAGCUUGCGGCCGCGCUGACGUGGGCUUGCGCUGUGUCUCUGCGGCUUUGUUUCGUAGCCAAGGGCUGCGGCGCAACACGCAGGUUUGCCUGUCCUUCGAAGCCAGCAACCACACCCUCGAAGUUUCGGGCGCGUUUGCCCGAGGCCUGGUGCCAGACGAGCCACGCCUGGCUUCCCGCGUCUUUGAGGCCUUCGAAUCUUUCUUCGCGGGUCGAGGCUUGCCGGACCCGGACGAAGAUCCGGAGGCUUGGUGUGCAUCGAACCUGAGAGGGCUGGAGGUCAAAGAACGGUCUACGAAGGCCGCACUCAAGGCUGCGCUGAAGAAGAAGACUUCGGAACCAGCUGAGGGUCGCGUGGUCAUGCUGAUGCUGGAUGCAGAGGGGGAGCCGAUCGUCGAAGUGCUGAAGCAGAUUUCCAGGACCAACGUCGUGGGUAUCGUAGCUGUCUUGGGUGACCACCGCGGCUUCGGGCCUCACGACGUCCAGGCCUACGAGGAGGUUGCACGCUCCAUGCAAGCGGAUAUUGUGCGCACCUCCCUCGGCGGCACGACUUUGCUAGGCGUGUACCAAAGCAGGUGGAUUACGGCCGUGGGCGAUGAGCCAGAAAAGUUGCGUCCGCUUGCCUCCAACAAUGCUACACUUGGCAGCGCGAUGCCAUUGCUUCGCUGGGAGCAGCUCUCCAUCGUCGCAAUCCGCAGCGGGGAUGUGGGGCGCAUUGCCAUGCGAGCCCUUUUGCUGCACGAAGCCGCGGCGCUCGUUUGUUUGGCCAUCCUGGCCGCAAUUGAGUGGAAUUUGCCCUUGGAGCUUCCCGCGCUUGACCCUGGUCGGCUUGAAUUGGACAUGUUGGCGGUGCUGCAAGCAGGGGAAGCGCGAGUGGAGGGCAUUGAAAGCAGGCCGGAAGUCAAAGAAAUCAAGGAAUGCCUGGCAUUUCACCGUCGCACUCGACGGCUGCUGGGAGACAAUGAGCUGUUGGUGGAUGCUGCGGGCGGUCACGGAGGUAUUGCAUUGGCCUUUCUCGCGAGCGGUCGCAUCAAGCAGGCCAUCGUGGCAGACAUCUAUCAGCCGAGAGGUUACUCCAACCUUCGAGCAGCAUGGGCUCCUGAUGCAAAGAUCGAGCAUCGGCAUGUGGAUCUGAGAACUGCAGGCUGGCUGCGAACGUUGAUGGAAGAAGCUGGCGUCGAAGCUGCUCAAACCGUGGUCACGGCGUGUCACGCCUGUGGAGUUCUUGCCGAUGAGCUGAUUCACGAGUGUUUGCAAGCAGAAGUCAGCUUCGCCGUCGUGCCAUGUUGCCAUGGUGAGAAGGGAGCACGUGGAGAAAUGCUGCGGAAGCUGGCCAAGGACUAUCACAUGGACCGUGGACUUGCCUACGACAUGCUGCGCUUGGGCGCGAUCGAUGCAGCGCCGGGUUACAUCGCCCGGCUGCGACAAAUCGAUGCGGCCAUCACACCGAAGAAUCGCAUCCUGUUGGGGCUGCACAAGCCCGAGGAGGCCCAAAAACGACGAGAGCAGCGUCGAGCCAACCUGGAUCGGCUUGCCCAAACUGCUGAGUCACUUCGCAGCAGGAGCCAACGAUCCAUCUUGAUUGGCAGAUCAGCCAGUCAAGCCCUCUGGGACUAA